GAUAGGCAGCAUUGAUAGGCAGCACUGAUGAGCUGGCACUGAUGAUGCUGCACUGAUAGGCGGCACUGAUGGGCAGUACUGAUAGGUGGCACUGCUGGACAGCACUGAUGGGUGGCACUGGUGGAUGGCACUGAUGGGCACAGGUGGGUACCACUGCAGGGCACAGGUGGAUGGCACUGAUGGGCACAGGUGGGUGGCACUGCAGGGCACAUGUGGGUGGCACUGAUGGGUGCAGGUGGGCGGCACUGAUGAGUACAAGUGGGCGGCAACGCUGGACACAGGUGUGUGGCACAGGUGGGCGG